UUGUUAUUACAGCUGUGCGGAGCACACUGCAGGUCACUUCAUCAGCCUUCUCUUUAUAAAAAAGUAUUUUCAUUAAAUCCCCGGGUAUUAGUAACUUGCUCACCCCAAACACAAGGGACAACUAAAGUAAUUAAUGACCAAGGGCCUGAUAAGAGAUGUGCGCCGCCGUGUAUGCUCUGUCAACGGUAACGGGCUACGUGCUCACAUCUACUCUGCUGCUGAAAUGUCCAGCUCUCUUGCACCGAAGGAAGCGAGAGCCUUUCUUUGGCAGACACAUUUCCCAUCGUGGAGGGGCAGGAGAAAACCUGGAGAACACCAUGACGGCUUUUAAACAUGCUGUGGAUCUUGGCACAGACAUGCUGGAGUUGGACUGCCACCUGACAAAAGAUGAACAGGUUGUGGUUUCACAUGAUGCCAAUUUACAAAGAGUCUGUGGCGUCAACGCUGACAUCUCUCAGAUGGCUUUUGCUGAACUCCCUCCUUAUCUCUGCAAGCUGGAUGUAACUUUUCAAAGAGAGUGUUUCUGUGAAGGAGGAGAGGACAAACGCAUCCCUCUCCUCAGGGAUGUUUUUGAUGCCUUCCCAAAUACUCCCAUCAACAUUGACAUCAAGGUCAACAACGACGCACUUAUCAAGAAGGUUUCUGAGCUUGUUGUUAAGUAUGACAGGGAGCAACUGACUGUCUGGGGCAACGCCAGCAACCAAAUUGUCAAAAAGUGUUACAAACAGAACCCUCAUAUUCCAGUGUUGUUCAGCCUCCCUAGAGUGUUGCAGCUGUUAGGUCUCUUCUACACAGGCCUCCUGCCCUUCGUUCCUCUCAAGGAGCAGUUCCUGGAGAUCCCCAUGCCCUCCAUUGUAACAAAGCUAAAAGAUCCUCACAGAUUAACCAGGCGUCAGCAAUUCAUCACCUGGCUGGCAGAUACUUUGCUGAUGAGGAAAGCUCUUUUCCAGCAUUUGACAGCCAGGGGAAUACAGGUGUACAUUUGGGUGCUGAAUGAUGAGGAGGACUUUCAGAGGGCAUUUGACUUGGGAGCCACAGGAGUUAUGACAGAUUUUCCCACCAGGCUUAAGGACUUUAUGGACAGGAAUGCCAUUUCUAAGCUCCAGUGACCUGACAAAUUCUAGCUCAUCCCGUCUCACGAGUGUGUAUCCUUCAUGCUGACUGACCUACAACACCGGCUCCCACAUGCACCCACUUUUACCGCAUGCAUUCCAGGAGCGCCAGUCUGCCAUUGUAUUUCACAAAUGUGAGAUAACAAUUUUUGUUUUUGGUUGUGUUAUAAACUUUUGUACUUGUUGUAUCAAAAAGAAAUCCUCUUCUGUGUUAAUUCAGACAUUUAAAAAAAUAAAAAAAGUAUUUCACCUUUUUUAAUGAUGUGAAAGGUGAAUUUAUAGGGGAGCAAUUUCAUAUAAAUCAACAGACAUUUCUAUUGCAGGUGGGUCAAAUCUAAAAUUAUAUUUUGUAUUUUUGAUCAAGUUUAUGGGUUCAAAAAGGGCUACUCAAAAAUGUUAUACAGCUGCCACCUGUUUAUGGGAACCAGUAUGUUCCUGGUCCACAUCUCUGGACAAAUUUCAUAGAGAUUUUCAAUGGAUACUGGCACCCUAGAUUAUAAAAGUAGAAAAAACCUAUCUUUAAAUAGUACAAUUAUCUACAAUAUUACAAUGAUCUGUUCUUCCAAUUAUGAAUGAUUGAAACAAAGUUCCUUAUACACAAAGCAUCUAACCACAAAGCAAAAAAAAUGAAGCAAUUUAUUUAUGUUUUUAAAGUAGCUUCACGAAACCCAUAAACUUGUCUUUUAAUUUAGAUGCAAUAAAAUGUUUGCCUGCUCUGUGUGUAUUACCUUUUCUGGGUUGUGUGGGAGGUGGGAGUUUGGCUGUACUGUACAUCUGUAUAUGACACGGGGUGAAAUGAUUAUUGUUAUUUAAUACUUUAAGAAAAAAAAACCCACAACGCCUUUUUCAAGUAAUUCUAUAAAGGUAAGAAACCUUUAACCACUAAAUUAUUGAACUGUCAAGUUUUCUUGGUGUUGAAUUCCAUAUGAGAUCAAUUAUGACUUCAUACCAACAGGAAACGGCAGCAGAGGCAGAUUCAGUUUGUCCAUUUACAGUACUGUAUUGAGUACUACUUGUGUUUUAUAUGUGUGUAGUUUCUACUAUAUAGAGUUGUAUUUGAAUUUUAUGACUUGUUAGUUAACUAGCACAGAAUUCUUUGCACAAAAUAAGAAUCUUUCUAUUUCUGUUUGACAUGUAUAUCAGUGUGAUUGUGAUCAUAUCUAAAUAUAAGUAUUUUGAUAGUCUGGUAGAGGCAAUGGUGUGUGUGUUUUACUGAUGACUUCAGCACUGUCAUUUGUAGUGAAAAUGUUUAAAUGACAGCAAGGGUAACUGCUGCAUUAUCACUGAAGGUCAGUGCACAUGCAGAACAGUGUAACAGGAUUAUUUUUCAUGUACCCGUGACGAUCUCCAAUCCAAACUUGUGAGCACGUGUUGAGGGUCUGUAUUGAAUGUAGAAGGCUGAAUGUACUCUCAGAUGUUUGCUAUUUUACAAUCAAAAAAGUAUUGAGUUUCCUGUCAUUCAUUUUGCUGUGGGACAUUUAGUGUUACUGAUGUGAAAUGUGCUUGUCUGAUUUAUUUAUUUUUUUCUUGACAAUUUGACAAUAAUUUUACAAACAUAGGGAAUAUUUUGAUCACAUUCUGUGCUGCACUGAGUGUACUUUGAUUUGACUUAGAAUAAGCUUUUGUGCCAUUGACAGAAUCGACCUGGCAGCUUGGCUUUAUCAAUGCAAUCUGUCAUUUGAUUUGCUCAGAAAUAAUAAAGAAACAUUUUGUAUCCAUAUUAAUUAGCACUUAA